UGCAGCGUAGCCACACCCACGUAGUUUUCCAAAGGUCAGGGUGCAUUCAGAGUUUGCAGUUUUGCGGACAAACUAUGGUGGCUCUGGUCCCUGCCGAGAGCUCGGCGUGGGCUUCCCUCCCUCUCUCGCCUGGCUAGCCAAAGCAAGCGAGGUCUCUCCGUGUCCUCCUCAUGUGACGUCCGGUUCUAUGAGACUGCAGAGAGCACAGUUGAGGAUGUGGCAAAUGGCUCAAAACCUUUAGUCGGAGGAUUGUGUGGCAUUCCAGAGAACCUGCUCUCAGGAGGAAGGGAAUGAGGGAUCUGGUCAUUGCCAGCAACAAUGAGGUGUGGAUGGGUUUGGGCUGGGUCUGUGACUGGAGGGACGACAGGUAAAGAGAAUGAUCUCCUCUUACGUCAGGGAGAAUGGCGAGUUUGAGAGACAGUACUUGUCCGGGGAGCUGGAGGUGGAGCUAACUCCUCAGGUCACAUCUCAUUACGAACUUCAUCCAUCAUGCAAGCAUCCCUAAUGUGUUUCUACUCCUGGGAACUUUGGCGGAGCGGAUAAGAGCAGGUGGAGCUGGGGUGCCUGCCUUAUUCACCCCCACAGCCUAUGGGACUCUGGUCCACCGAGGAGGAGCUCCCAUCAAAUACGACAGCUCAGGCAGUGUACAGAUUGCCAGUCAACCCAGAGAGCAUAGAGAGUUUGGUGGUCGUCAGUACAUCAUGGAGGAAGCCAUCACUGGAGACUUUGCCCUCAUCAAAGCCUGGAAAGCUGACAACAGUGGAAACCUAUUCUUCAUAAAAUCAGCUCGAAACUUUAAUGUACCCAUGGGGAAGGCUGCCCGGUGUACCAUUGCUGAGGUGGAGGACAUCCGCCUUCCUCACGUCUACAUAAUAUAGAGAUUGACACUAAGAAGAAGAGGGGAGGGGGGGAGGGGUCAGGGGGACAGGGGGCCAGCGAGGGUGCAAGAAUGAGGGAGGGAAUCAUUCGCAGAGCGGCUCUCAAGUUUAGAGACGGAAUGUAUGGUAUGCCCAUCUUUUCCAGCUCAGCAGCUAGGCUAGCAACUACAUCCCAGACGGGAUGAAAGUCAUGCUACAAAGUGAAAACGGAGUUCUAGGGCUUGGCCCAUUUCUAUUUGAGGGGGAGGAAGAUGCAGACCUUAUCAAUGCUCGUAAAGAGACAGUGAGUGUUCUUGAUGGACGAUCUUUCUUCUCCAGUGAUGAGUCAUUUGCCAUGAUACGAGGCCUGUUUUUAGACAUGACAAUGCUCGGUGCCAUGCAGGUCAGUAUAGUGUCUCAGUAUGGAAACUGGAUGAUUCCAGGGAAGAUGGUGAGGGGAAUGGGAGGAGCCAUGGACCUUGUCUCUUCUCCCACCACCAGAGUGGUGGCCACAAUGGAGCACACGGCCAAGGUACGGGUGCCCUACUAUUGGAGGAGCUCAAAAGAUUUGCCUCUGACCGGCAAGAAUGUGGUGGAUCUUAUAGUUACUGAGAUGGCGGUGUUUGAGGUGUGUAAGGAGAAUGGUCUGAGGCUGGUGGAGAUUGGGGAGGGAGUGAGUCUGGACGAUGUCAGAGCUGCCACUGGAGGCUCGUUUCAGGUUUCUGCUGACUUGAAGACAAUGGGACAAGUAUAAUGUUUUGUUAAUAAAAUUUGACAUGUUUUAAAGUACACAUUGUGUGACUCCAUGCCAUCUAGUUUGCUAACAGCACAAGCUGCGGAAAAUGUGUCAUAGAAUAAACCAGCAGGGACUAAAGGAGACUAUAUCCCUGCUUAGCUGUCUGGAACCCUUGGUGCAAAUAUAUACUGCAUCCUCAUGCACUUUGUGACGUGUGUUUGGUUUCUCUGACAUGUUUUUGCUUAUUCUGAGUUGGCAUUUCUGCUAUGUAAGCCACUGCAUUUCAGAGACCAACA